AUGGCGCAGCUGUCAGACGCCGCGUUCUACCUGUGCAACGGCGUGGCCGCGAUGUCCGCGCUGCACUCGACGGAGCCGCUCCGCGCUCGCCUCUCCCUGCCCUGGUGCUGCUGCCCGGCGCUCUGCUGCAGCUGUUCGUGGCCCGGGUUGGACUCCUGCGUCCGGCAUCCAGUGGAUCCGAUCCCCCUCCAGGUUCCUGAUAAUGAAAUUGACGGCUUCAUGGCAGGAGCGAUCUCCGCGCUCGUCAUCAACACCUUCUUGAUACUUGUGGCCGUGUACGGGAACCUCGUCCUCCUCUUCCACACGCUCGUCAUGCAGCUCCUCGUCAUCUGCCUCCUCCUCUUCACACUCAAGAGCCUCCCCCAGCCACUAGAGGACGUGGUGCUGGCGCUGCUGGCGCUCAGCUGUGCGUACGGGACACUCGCCUCGGUCUCGAACUGCGUCUUCGAGAGGCAGCUGCUGCCCCUGGGACGCGCCCUGCUGCGGACCCGUGCGACCCGUGACCCCGCGGCCCCCCCGUGCGUGACCCCCGUGUCGCGGCGCACGAGCGGCCUGCGCGAGAUCGCGGCCUGCUGGGGGGAGGGCGUGUGCGGCGUCCCCACGGACACCGUGUACGCGCUCGCCGCCUCGUGCCGACACCCGGGGGCCAUCCAGCGCAUCUACGCCAUCAAGGACCGGCCCCAGGAGAAGCCCGUGUGCAUCUGCAUCUCGAGCCUGGAGCAGAUGCUUCGUGCGCCCCCCGUUCAGCCCCUGCUCUGGGAGUUCAUGAGCGCUCUACCCGGGGGCAUCAGCUGCAUCGUGCCCAAGGGUCCCUACCUCCGUGUGCCCAGGUGUGGGGAAGCGUACGACCUGGUGGGCACAGCAGACAGCAUCAUGAUCCGCGUGCCGGACAGCACCGUGGCGUCACACCUCGUGUCCAUGACAGGGCCCAUCGCCAUCACCUCGGCCAACCCGAGCGGGGAGCCCGAUAGCACCCACCACGACAUGGUGGUCCGGCGCCUGGGCGACAAGCUGGGGGUUCUGUGCGACGGAGACUCCAACGAGACGGUGGCCUCUACCGUGGUCAACUGCCUCGACAUCGACGGCAUCGGAAUCCGCAUCCUGCGAGAAGGCUGCGUGCCGGGGGCCGUCGUUCACCAGAUCUUCGAGCGCGUGGCGGCGGCGCAGGGCUUGGAAAGUUCGGACUGA